CAGCGCAGCGCGCGCCGCCUGGAGUGGGGCGGCCGGGCGAGGGCCGCCAGCCGCUGUCCCCAUGGGGCUGUGCUUCCCCUGUCCCGGGGAGUCCGCGCCUCCCUCGCCGGACCUGGAAGAGAAAAGAGCAAAGCUUGCAGAGGCUGCAGAGAGAAGACAGAAGGAGGCUGCAUCUCGGGGCAUUUUGGAUGUUCAGUCUGUGGAAAAAAAGAGAAAGAGAAAGGAAGAAAUAGAAAGACAAAUGGCUACAUCUGGGCCCCCACCAGAAGGUGGACUUAGAUGGACAGUGUCAUAAAGCAUAACAUAACAUGAGUGGAAGAGUCUACUGCCAGUAACUAACAUCUGCAAUCAAAUGGACGUCCUCAAUUCAAUUUCUGCUCUUUGAAUAAACGAAGAUUCAGACUUUGUAAUUUUAGUGCCCUUAAGUGCAGUGCUUUUUCAAUACCGAAAUAUUCAAAAUGCUUUUGAUUUUCAAACCAGACCUUUCAUUAAAUACUUAUUUCCUACAUUUGCUCUUCUGCAGGUAUGGAGUGAUUUGCCAUUUUUCGUAGUUAAAACAUGGACCUAAAGAGUGACUAUAUGUAUAUAUGCAGUGCAUGUAAAAAUUCUGCAUACAUCUCAAACAUUAAAGUUUACAGUUGUAUUUUCCCUCUUUUAUGAAAUGAUCUAGCUAUUUAUAGUUUGCUGCUUAACCUUACAUCUCUUUUUCUUUCAUUAUAUAUAAAGACUUGCUUAAACUUAUGGACUUAGUGCCUUUAAACUGAUCAUCAGGGAAAAUCUUGAAAAAUCAUUUGAAGGGCUUAUGUGAAGGAACGCUAUAAAUUUUUAUAACUUACUAAGUAGUGAAUAUUUGUAGGAAAUGUUGAAUUUCUCCUAAUUUAUUUUUUACUUCUGUAGCUUAUAAAAUUAACAUACUGUGUUUUACAUUGCAAUAAAGUGGCUUUUUUUGCUUGCUGAAUUUAAAAUUACAUAUAAGUGGUACCAUCAGAGGGCAGUGAUGUACUGUUGUACAACGUCACAUUCAGCUCCAUAAAGAUCUUUGUGGUAACUGAGUUAAGCUCAGACUCUGGAUGGGUUAUACCGAGUGGUAAUGUAUUUGUCCAGAUUUCAUAGGCGUUUUUAUUUUUUUGUAUUUAUUAAAGAAUGGUCUUAAGAUUUAUACAUAUGUGAAAUUGCCAAGGCAAAUAGGAAUGUGUGAAAGAGAAACAUGUAGGUACUGUAUAUAAAAAGGUCUACUUGAAACAUAAGAAUAUUACAAGUUAAUUCUAUAUGAUGCACAGUCAUAAACUUUUUAGAUUUUUUGUUCCUUAGUAACGUGUUUUAUAGCAUUUUUGUUUUUUGAGUUUUCCUUUCUAGUAUAUAAUAAGCUAAAAUAGAAGAAUUGCUGUAUCUUUUAAUUUGGUUGCUAACUCUUUUGGAUGACAGAGCCACAAACUGAGCCCUAAAUUAGAAUUUGCAGAUACAGAGUGCCAACAGGGACUGUAAGUUAAAUAGACCAGCUCAUUUGAUUUACACAAAGGAAACUGAGCCAUCCCCUUGCUCAUCCCUCCCACAAGUCUUGUGUUAUAUUGCAGUAUAUUGUAUAUGUUAAUUUUAAAGAGUUUGAACUAUAAAAUAGGUCUCUUCAUUUCUCAUUGGAAAAAUCACUUUUUUUCCAUUAUGAACUAUUCUCUGAAUAUCUAGGCAAGACAGAUACUUAGGCUCAAUUUUCUUCAUCUUUUAGAAGAUUAGUGGUAUUUUUUUUGUUCAUAAAGGAUAGUGAAAUUAUUGAAUUGUUUUUUAAAAAUAAAAUUUUUUACUUUAUGAACAUGAUUAAUUUUUCCAAGGCAGAAAGGAAGAAGGAUCAUUAAUAGCUGGAUUUAGAACCAGAGCAUACCAUCCUUAAACUGUGCAAAUCUUUCCUUCUCUUUUAAUAUAGAAAGAACAAUUUGACUGUACCACAUCUUAAAGAAUUACAGCUUGGGUUGGUGUAAACAAAAGGUUUACAUCCAGGGGAUAAUACCCUAUUUCUAACAGCAGUUUAUAUCCAGAUAGAUACCAUGCUUAUUUACUGUUGAACCAUGAAUGAUAGGCUGGUGUAUUGCUUUCUGGGAACAGUAGGAUAUGCUGCUCCAACCAACCAUGACCUGCCUCCAUGGGUGUGGUCAGCUUUCUCCCAAACCACGUGGGUUGCAUGGGCUGUGAGGUGAUACUCAGAUGUUAGGAACAGUGUCAGGAAGGGAAAGGGAAAAGGGGAGACUAGAUGCCUGACAGGAAACCAGUAAGUGACUACUAAAAAAAAAAAAUUGUACACACACAUCCAGGCAUCUCCCUCAUAAAGUAUGAAUCAGUUCCUGAUGAAAACCUUAACUUGGAGCCAAUUUUCCAUAGUUUAUAAUUUAAAUAGGAAAACAUUAUAAUGCUUAAUAUGUCACCCAAACCCCCAACCAAAUUACUAAAAUAUAACUGAAACAGUAAAAUGUGUAUAUGUAAUAUGUUAAGAUGUAAAAUGCUUAAAUCGCUGCUUUUUAAUUCUAAUCAUUAAACUAUUAAUAUGGCUGGUAACAAAAAGUUGUGUAUUAUUACACAGCCCCUUUGUUGACAUGCUGCAUGUUUUUUAAGACAUCUGUAUGUGAUACUAUUGUUCCACCGAUUGUGUUUGGAAUGUAAUUAAUAGUUUUCCUACACAUGGUUUUGUUAUAAAUUCUGUAUUGCUUUAUGGGGAUACAA